GAGAGAGAAAGGAGAGACAGAGUGAGGAAGGGGAAUGAAGAAAGAAACGGAGGAGGGAAAGGGGAGUAAGAAAAGACAGCAGCCAGAGACAGAGAAUGAGGGAAAUCGUGGGAGACCUGAGAGUGAAGGAUAAGGGAGGGGGGAUGCGAAGGCAGAUUUUCAUUGGAAGCAAUUGAAGUGGUUGCUAUGAGACCCGCUCCAGCAGAGGACCAGCAGCCAGCCCGACGCUGAUGGUUCUUACCUCAUACUAAACCUUUCUUUUGACACAGUUUUAGAGUUGCUUAAUAUCUGAGCAAGCACCUGACACGGGCGACUUUUUCUUUCUUUUUUCUCCUCCCGUCUCAAGGGUAAGAUGGAGGUAGAAAACGAAGCCAGCUGCUCCCCCAGCCGCGCAUCAGGCGGGUCCAGAGAGUACAAGGUGGUAAUGCUGGGAGCUGGGGGAGUUGGGAAAAGCGCAAUGACAAUGCAGUUUAUUAGUCACCAGUUUCCUGAUUAUCAUGACCCCACUAUUGAAGAUGCUUAUAAGACCCAGGUUAGGAUUGAUGAUGAGCCAGCUUAUUUGGACAUUUUGGACACUGCUGGUCAGGCAGAGUUCACAGCCAUGCGGGAGCAGUACAUGCGAGGCGGGGAGGGAUUCAUCAUCUGCUACUCCGUCACUGACCGCCAAUCAUUCCAGGAAGCUGCCAAGUUUAAAGAGCUCAUUUUUCAAGUCCGCCACACCUAUGAAAUUCCCCUGGUGCUGGUGGGUAACAAAAUUGACCUAGAACAGUUCCGCCAGGUCUCUACAGAAGAGGGCUGGAGUCUGGCCAGGGAAUAUAACUGUGCUUUUUUUGAGACCUCUGCGGCCCUCAGAUUCUGCAUUGAUGAUGCCUUUCACGGUCUAGUGAGGGAAAUCCGCAAGAAGGAGUCCAUGCCAUCCUUGAUGGAAAAGAAACUGAAGAGAAAAGACAGCCUGUGGAAGAAGUUAAAAAGCUCACUGAAGAAGAAGAAAGAAAACAUGACAUGAUAUCCUUGCUUCUAACUCCCUUAUUCUCUCUCUGAAUUUUAUCAGUCGGACAAUUCCAGAUGUUGCAUUCUGCUUCAGUAUUUUCUGUCUGUCUCUCCCUUUCUCUUUAAAUAUCUGCCUAUAGGUAAAAGCAAGAUCUGCAUAACUGUACCUCUUGAGAUAGUUUUGUUUUGCCCUUAACAGUUGGAUGGAUUUUGUCAAUCAGCUGGAUAUGCUGUUUAAGUUUUUACAAUAUAUUACUAAAUAAAAUUGACAUUCCAAUUGCCUCAUUUCCCUUUAAA